AAUUCAUCUGCAUUGGGACAAAGUCUGUGGUGUGUUGCUGGGCUGCCUGCUGGGAACCUAUUUUAACAUCAAGGCGCACACCACACACCCUAUACGCACAUUUCUUGAAAGAUGGAUUUGAACCUCUAUCUCCAGCGGAUUGGAAUAACGGAAAUGAAACCAGAUUUCUCCACACCGUCCCUUUCAACGCUACGGAAGUUACAUCGCCGCCACAUUCUCUCUAUACCAUUCGAAAGCCUCAGUAUCCACAUCGGAGAGAAAAUUAUCCUGGACACCCUCUGGAUUUAUCAGAAAAUUGUUCUGAGAAAACGAGGGGGCUUUUGUCUAGAGAACAACGGCCUGUUCUUGUGGGUGUUACAAGAGCUGGGGUACCAGCCGCUGGUGCUGUCGGGCAGCGUGAGAGAGCCCAUCACUGGUAUGUAUGGACCUCCAUUUGACCACAUAAUACUGACUGUGGAGUUGGACGGCAGGCGGUGGCUUUGUGACGUUGGCUUUGGAGAAGGAAUCAUGGAUCCAAUUCCCCUGGAGGCAGGAUGGGAAGAGGAGCAGGACAAUGGCAGGUUUCGAUUACGGGUGGAAGAGGAGGAGUGGUACAUGGAGAUGAAGGAGGACAGUGACCAGUGGAAUAGUCUGUACAAGUUCACCCUUGAAGAGAGGAGAUUUGAGGACUUCAGGGAGAUGUGUAACUUUCACCAGACCUCACCAAAGGCUUUCUUUGUCUGCAAAUCUUUCUGUUCCCAACUACUACCACACGGCAGAUUGACCUACAUAGGGCGCAAGCUGAUCAGCACAGAGUAUACCAAGGGUGGUAAAAGGGUGAAGACCACUAAAGAACUCAGCGAGGAGGAGAUCCCUGACCUGCUCAGAGAGAAGUUUGGGAUUGUGUUGAGUAAAACAUUUGUGCCGAAGGAUGAGGUGUAUAUCCCCACGCCUGAUGGAAAAUGAGGCCUCAGGAAAUAAACACGCUACUUACAUAUGUCUAUACCAAUAUUAAUAAUAAUACAUAGAUGCACAGAAUGCAACUCAUUUUAUAGAUUGAUAGUUGCUGAUAUUUACUAUUAAAAGUAAAACUAAUUUACUCAUAAUAUUCAGAGAAGCAAAUUUAACCAAAUCAAAAAUUGGGCUUGUCUAGGAGGAUAUAGUGCAAUUACUGUCCAAUAUCGUGGAAGGGGUAAGCUGCAUUGUGGCACCAUAAGUGAUAUACUGUAUGUCUGGGGAUACAAUUGUAGCACACUGCACAUGUGGCAUGGCCUGCAUACACAAGUUAGAGUAAUAAUGAGCAACUACAGUUGUGCACAUUUUAGUCACAUCUCACUGAAGUACUAAGUGGCGUGCCACAAGGGUCUGUACUUGGACCACUAUUGUUCAACAUCUUCAUAAAUGAUCUAGAAGUAGGUCUAGAGAGUACAGUGUCAAUUUUUGCAGAUGAUACCAAACUUUGUAAGGUUAUAAAUUUGACAGGGGACGCUGAGUCGCUUCAGAACGACUUAUUCAAACUGGAAACAUGGGCAGCAAAAUGGAGAAUGAGGUUCACUAUAGACAAAUAUACGGUAAUGCACUUUGGUAGCAAGAACAGAAACACUACCUACAUACCAAAUGGGGAGAAACUAUGGGAUUCUGUACUGGAAAAAGAUUUAGGUGUUCACAUAGAUAACAACCUAAACAUUGCAUAAAGUGGGGAAUUGAUGCAAGGGAUGAGAGUGGUUAUACUCCCAUUAUAUAAAUCCCUAGUGAGGCCACAUCUUGAAUACUGUGCACAACUAUGGGCACCAUACUACAAAAAGGAUAUCCUGGAACUAGAAAAUGUUCUAAGACAGGCGACCAAAUUGAUCAAGGAGAUGGAGAUGCUAGAAUACGAGGACAGGCUUGCAAGGCUAGGGAUGUUUACACUGGAAAAAAGGAGAUUAAGAGGGGAUAUGAUUAACAUUUACAAAUGUAUAAGGGGUCAAUACACAGAGCUAACGGGGGAUUUGUUUUUGGUAAGAUCACCACAAAGGACACGUGGACACCCGCUUAGGUUAGAGGAGAAGAGAUUUCGCACACAGAGACGGAAAGGUUUCUUCACAGUAAGGGCAAUACAUAUAUGGAAUUCCCUGCCUGAGAGAGUAGUAAUGGCGGACUCGGUCACUACUUUUAAGAAUGGGCUAGAUAAAUUCCUAAUGAAUAAGGGUAUAAGGGUAUACAGGGUUACGGUGGGUAAAUCAUGCACUAUAGUACUAAAUUUAAAUAAAAAUAAAAAAAUGGAGGAAGUGACAUAACGGCUAAGCAUUCACCACAGUUAAAAUUAGUCUUAAAAAUAUUACAGUGUAGGAGAUCACUAACAGGUUGAACUCGAUGGACAAAUUGUCUUUGUUCAACCUCAGAAACUACUGUAUGUUGUUAUGUUACUUGCGGCUGAGUAAAUGUCACUGGAUGGCAAUGGGGCGAUAGCAGAGGUGGAUAAGGAUCCUGUAGACAUGUUGUGGGCAUUUACACGUAAUUGUAGGCUGUUUAGGGGUGAGCAUGAGAUCAGGGGCAAAUUUUACCCAUGGGCUGCAGGACUGCAGCCCCCCCCCCCCCCCUCCAGAUACAAUCCACCACCCCGAUCAGUGUCAGUGAAGCCAGAUGUAGUCUGUGACUGUAAUGGUUUCUCUGUAACUGGUAGUGACUUCCUACUGAAAGUCCUAUCUGCCAGUCACAGACUCUACAGGCAGUCCCAUUGGGAGGUGUUUCCUCCCUCUGGGAUUGCCAGACCAGGCUACAGGAAGCCACUUCCUGCCUCGUCAACCCUAACCAGCUUCUGUGGACUGCAGCCGAUGCAGUCCAUAGAAACCCGUGGUUUGCCAAGUCGCACCGCAGCACCUGCUACGGUCCCGGCACCUGCCAGAUCCAUUGCACAGGUGCUGGGACUCAGACCCUGUCUUCUCUCUGGGCAUGGGGACAGCUGCAGCCCCCCAACGUGAAGUAGGAGCCACCGCUGGCAGAGAUCCAUCCAUAUUCCGACGGAUAAGGUUGGUGUAAAUGCAGACAACAGUUCUGAUGGCGCUCUCACCAGCGGAGAACUGGGGGGGGUGCAGUUGCAGCGAUGCAGCAGACUCUAGAUACAGGCAGAUGUUUGCGUUUAUUACCAAUUGCUGUGUGUGGCCGCUUAUGCUACAUUCUGUAGUGGAAGGUGAGACGGAUCUAACAGUGCAGAGGAACAACAUAGGAAGAUGAGCCAAGCAGCAGCAUUAAGGACGGAUUUCAGGAGGGGAAAGGCGGGAGAGAGAAAGACCAGGGAGCAGCAGGUUGCAGUAGUCCAGAUGGGAGAUGAAAAGUGCAUGAAUAAGAGUUUUUUGAAGCCUUGUGGGUGGGAAUGGGUCUGAUCCUGGUUGCUGAGGGGAAAGUGGCAGCAUUUGGAGAUAGCAAUAUGAAUGUGGCAGUAUCAUGAGAGGGAGGAGGCGUGGGUGACUCCCAGGAAGUGGAUUUGAUGGACAUGACAGAGGAAGAUGUUAGCAAGGGACAAAUUUAGGGCAGAUGUAUUAAACCGUGGAGAGAGAUAAAGUGGACAGAGGUAUAGUACCAGCCCAUCAGCCCCUAACUGCCAUGUUACAGGCUGUGUUUGAAAAAUGACAGUUAGGAGCUGAUUGGUUGGCAGUGAUAAAACAAAUAUGUAUGGACAUACAUAUUCAUCCAGCAACUCAUAAAUAUAUCCGUGUUUAUGUUAUCCUCUUUUCUGCAAUGUAAUUUGUGUCUGUGCAAGUUGUAGAAGGCCACACUUAUUACAUGGCCCUAGGUCUAGAGUACAUAAGGCCUUCCCUUCCUCUCUUAAAUUGCUACAUAGGUUGUUUUAAGGCUUAAAGGUUUAAAAAGUAUAAUUUUCCCACGUAUAGAAUGGCUGACGACAGCCGGUCUGAAUUCUCACAUAAACAAAUGAGCUAACUGAGACAGCACGUAACGGCAAUAAGCAGAAAUGAAGGGAAAACAGGCGACCAUGUCAGAUUUUCGCAUGGGAACAAGAACGGUAACGCAAAAAUAUGUCAGUAUAUGUCUAAGGCAUAGAUGCCCAAUGAGGACUUAAUACGUGCAAAUAUAAAUUCAUUGGAUUUAUAACCAAAAUGAAGGGUAUAAAUAUGAGCAGAGAAAGUGGGCGAGGGCAGCAGAUGGAGAAGAGAGGAGAAAACGUAGGUGGGUCGGGGGGUGUUAUGCAUGUAUGAAGAAUUGGCUGACUGCUGUCCUGUUAUUCUCUACCUGUUGUCACAAAUUUCUUUUAGAUGUUUUCCCUACUGCUGUUGUAACCUAUCUUAUUUGUUAUGUAAUUUGCAUUGGUAACACAUAUAUGAUUAAGCUGUCUUUAAGUAAAAGCGCUGUUAUUUCAUUUUAAAA